UUUUAUAAUAUUACAGUUAUUGUAGUUAUAUAGAUAAAAAUUAAAUGCAAAUAGAACACAGUUCAGUUAAUAUUAAUCGAUUAUUAGUACCUAAGAAUUAUAUUUGUGUAUAUAUUGGUAAAUUAAAGCUUUAAAUGAAACAACCCAUAUAUAUUCUACUGGCCAUUGUUUGCUGUCAUCAUGCAAAGGCCAAAGUAUUAGACUGUGAUAAUCCCGUAUAUUGUCAGGGACAACUUCUCGAUGUCGUCCAAAGAUCCAACGUUUACAACGAUUCAAAAAAGUUUGUUGACAUGGUUCAGAAAAAUUCCCAAAACAUAACUCUGGAUCAUUUUCAAGAACUAUUAGCUCAUACCAAUAACAGCCCCACACAUGACGAAAUUCUAAAUUUUCUUAAUGAAAAUUUCGAAUCGGCAACAGAACUGGAAUCUUGGACGCCUGGUGAUUACGUCGAAAAUCCAGAUUUUUUGAAUACAAUAAACGAUACUAAAGUGAAAGAAUUUGCCCAAGCUUUAGUAAAGAUUUGGCCAACACUGGGAAGAAAAGUUAAAGACAGUGUUUUCGAAGAGCAGGAUAGACAUUCCUUUAUUCCUGUUCCAAAUGGAUUUAUUAUUCCCGGAGGACGAUUUGCAGAAAUUUAUUAUUGGGACACUUAUUGGAUAAUUAAGGGAUUAAUUAUAAGUGGAAUGACUGAAACGGUUAGAGGAAUUUUGGAAAAUUUUAUUUCUCUCAUUCAAAGAUUUGGAUUCAUUCCCAAUGGCAGCAGAAUCUACUAUUUGAAUAGAUCACAACCUCCUCUUUUCUCGGCGAUGGUUGGCCUUUAUAUAAAAGCUACAAACAACAUAACGUGGUUGGAGAAACACAUUGAUACCAUUGAGCAAGAACUAAACUGGUGGUUAGAAAAUAGAUCAGUUACCGUUGAGAGAUCGGGAAAGUCAUACAAACUGGUACAAUAUAACGUUAAAAUAGGAACACCCAGACCUGAGUCAUAUUCAGAAGAUAUAGAAACAUGCAAAACUUUUGACAAUGACCAAAAGGAAGCAUGUUACAGAAAUCUUAAAUCUGCAGCCGAAUCAGGUUGGGAUUUUUCUUCCAGAUGGUUUUUCAAUCCAGACGGAUCCAUCGGUACGAAUAUAACUUUCAUAAAUACCACUCGUCUCGUACCAGUAGAUCUCAAUGCUUUCUUUUGUCGAUCUAUUAGAGAACUAUCUAACUUUUACAGAAUCAUCGGUAAUACAAACAAGUCAAAUGAAUGGGGUAACAUCGAAAAACAGUUGAUGCAAGCUAUCCAAGAUGUUCUUUAUAAUAAAGAAGAUAAAAUUUGGUACGACUGGGACAUCGAUCUGUCCCAGCAUAGAAAAGAAUUCUUUGGUAGCAAUUUGGCACCGCUGUGGGCUGAAGCAUUUGAUCCUCAAAACAAAGAUGAAUAUGGUAGCAAUGCAGUUGAUUAUUUAGAAAAAAAUGGUAUAGAUGCUUUCUUAGGAGGAACUCCAACUUCGUUGAUACACAGCGGACAACAAUGGGACUUUCCCAAUGCUUGGCCACCGCUCCAAGAGAUUGUCGUUCUGGGUUUGAAAUAUACAGGAAAUGAUAGAGCUAUUCAGGCUUCUAAAAUGUAUGCUGAAAGAACAUUGACGGCAUAUAUGACAGGAUAUGAUAAUGCUCAAGAAAUGUUUGAAAAAUACGAUGCAGUGAACGUUGGAGAAUUUGGUGGGGGAGGCGAGUACAUUGUACAAUUUGGAUUUGGCUGGACUAAUGGUAUAGCUCUUUCGUUAAUAGAACUAUUAUAUUGACUUAAAUUAUGUAUUAGAUAUUUAUGUUGUAGUAAAUUUAAUAAAAUUUGUUACUGUUUUAUUUUUUUUUGUAUUAG